AGACAGCUAAAAGAAAAUUGACAAUUGAGAAACUGGCAUUGGUUCAGAUCAAAAAUUCUAACCGUAUAUUUUUGCAAUAUACUGUAAUUUGUUCAAUCGAGGAUUGAAAGUUUUACGUUUCGUGUUUUUUUGUAGUAAUUGACUUUUUCACUUAGCAAUUUAAAUAUGCCUAGAGGAAAAUUCACUAGCCACAAAGGCAGAAAUCGUAGAUUCACAAAUCCAGAAGAGUUGGAAGAAGAAAGACGUAAAGAGCAAGAAAAGUCCAAGUGGAGGUCUAAAAAUGAAAUAGAUAGUGAGGAUGAAGAAGAAGAAGCAAAAGGUGAUAAAAAAAUUAACGAAGGAUCAGAAAGUGAAGAAGAAACAAGUAGUGAUGAUGAUGACCAAAAGGCAAAGGGUGUUCAGAGUCUGAUAGAGAUUGAGAAUCCAAAUAGGGUACAAAAGAAAAAUAAAAAAUUGUCAACACUCAAUAAUGAUGUAGACAAUGCUGCACCUCAGCUAUCUAGGAGAGAAAGAGAAGAAAUAGAAAAGCAAAAAGCUAAGGCUCAUUAUCAAAAACUUCAUGCUGAAGGUAAAACAGAUCAAGCUAAGGCAGACUUGGCUCGUCUAGCUAUCAUUAAGCAGCAAAGGGAAGAAGCAAGGUUGAGAAGAGAAAAAGAACUAAAAGAUAAGGAAGAUGCAGCCAAGAUGAAGACUGCACAAACGCAAAAGGCCCUAGGAAAAAAAUGAUUCUCAAAAUAUCGUCAUGUAUUUGUUGGAAAAAUUUUCGCAAUAUAUUUAUGAUUUGUUUUCAAUUUUCAAUGCAAUUCUUACAACCUGAGUUGCAGAAAUAUGUAUAAAAAAAAUUAAUAAAAACAAUUCCAUUCUAAAA